GUUGUUCCUGAGCCCCAACUAGCUACUCCGUACUGAAAACCCUAGGAAGAAGAUUAACAGAUUAGUUUAAGCCGGAGCAUCCUGAUCGGAGCUUAUCCUUAUUCCGACGAGUAUUGUGGAAGCAUGGUGUUCCAGUUGCGGAAUCUGAGGGCAGUGGCGGAGUGCCAACACUGUGGCUCCGCCACUGUCUGAGGGUCAAGUGGUCUCUCAUCUCUCACUGCCUUAUUAGAGGUGUAUGGAUCAAAAUCUGGAGAACUUAGUCCACUCACUCUUGAUCUGGCUUGUUUACCUGUGGUUAAGCUUACUAUGAUCGAAAGUAAACAACUUUAAGACGAAUGAGGACUACACAGAGAUAUUUUUACAAGAGUCCUUGAUAUCUUCACUGUUUUCUCUGAGAGUUUUAUACACGUACUCUACAUGAAGAGGAGGUUACAAAUAUCCAAUAAAAGGGGACAAAAGUGUUUGGGAAGUUAACUAAGUGGAAAGGCUAUGGCGGAAACAACGAGUUGGAUUCCGGUUUGGUUCCCUUUGAUGGUGUUGGGGUGCUUUAGUCUGAAAUGGUUGGCUAAGAAGGUGAACGUGUGGCUCUAUGAGUCUAGCCUCGGGGAGAACAAACACUAUCUGCCACCAGGUGAUAUGGGUUGGCCUUUCAUCGGCAACAUGCCGUCUUUUCUCAGAGCUUUCAAGACCUCUGACCCUGACUCCUUUGCUCGCACCUUAGUCAAAAGGUAUGGACCUAAAGGUGUCUAUAAAACACACAUGUUCGGGAACCCAAGUAUAAUAGUGACAACACCAGACACUUGCCGGCGUGUGCUGACGGAUGACGACGCCUUCAGGCCAGGCUGGCCAACGUCUACAAUGGAACUCAUUGGAAGGAAGUCGUUCAUUGGUAUUCCUUAUGAAGAACACAAACGUCUCAGGCGUUUGACUGCUGCUCCAGUCAACGGCCACGAAGCUCUCUCUCUCUACAUACCUUACAUUGAAGAAAACGUUAUCACCGCUCUAGACAAGUGGAGCAAGAUGGGAGAGUUCGAGUUCUUGACUCAUCUGCGUAAGCUUACCUUUAGGAUCAUCAUGUACAUCUUUUUAAGCACCGAGAGUGAGAAUGUCAUGGACGCGUUGGAACGAGAGUAUACCGCUCUUAACUAUGGAGUGAGAGCGAUGGCGGUUAAUAUCCCUGGCUUUGCUUAUCAUAGAGCACUCAAGGCGAGGAAGAAACUCGUAGCUGCGUUUCAGUCCAUAGUGACUGAGCGUAGAAACCAAAGGAAGCAGAACAGUUCAUCCAAUAAGAAAGAUAUGUUGGACAAUCUCAUUGAUGUUGAAGAUGAAAAUGGGAAAACGUUGGAUGACGAAGAGAUUAUUGAUGUUCUUCUGAUGUAUCUUAAUGCUGGUCAUGAGUCCUCUGGCCACACCAUUAUGUGGGCUACCAUUUUCCUUCAGGAACACCCUGAGUUUCUUCAAAGGGCAAAGGCAGAACAAGAGAUGAUCCUGGAAAAUAGGCCCAAGGGACAGAAGGGCCUUACUCUAAAAGAAACUCGACAAAUGGAGUUUUUGUCGCAGGUUGUUGAUGAGACACUUCGAGUCAUAACAUUCUCACUUACCGCAUUUAGGGAGGCAAAAACUGACGUUGAAAUGAAUGGCUAUUUGAUCCCAAAAGGUUGGAAGGUUUUGACAUGGUUUAGGGACGUCCACAUGGACCCUGAAGUCUUCCCGGAUCCAAGAAAAUUUGAUCCUUCUAGAUGGGAUAAGGGUUUUAUACCAAAAGCUGGUGCCUUCCUUCCUUUUGGUGCUGGAAGCCAUCUAUGCCCAGGAAAUGAUCUCGCUAAGCUCGAGAUUUCUAUUUUCCUUCACCAUUUCCUCCUCAAAUAUCAGGUGAAAAGGAGCAACACAGAGUGUCAAGUGAUGUACUUGCCUCACACCAGACCAACUGAUAAUUGCUUGGCAAGAAUCAGUUAUCAGUAAAAACAUGAUUCUCAUCUUCUCCGUAUAAGACGCUGUUAGUAAUUUGAGCUAAUCAGUUACGGAGUUGGUUGACUCUUUUAUAAACAUAGUCUUUGAGACUCUUGUCUUUCUUCCUUUCUAAACUGCAUAAGACUACUUACUCUGUUCCAUGAAACAGAGCUCUCUCUCUUCUUUGUUUUUUUUAUUAUUAUCUGUUAGUAUAAUGUCCAUACUGAAAGCA